AUGGCACUUCCACCAGAGCAAAUUAACAUCAAGCGUCGGCGCGAGGAAGAGCCUGUGGAGACCCUAUUCAUUCAAUCCGCACUCCACCAAACUAAGCGCCGCUUCACCGACUUCGUUUUUCACAGAGUCACCCUGAAAGCUAGCGGGCAGGGAAGCGCCGAUGCAUCUCCAAGCCCACCAACACCGCUAGCUUCGCAGCGCCUCCUGCGCAGCCCACGCUCAGUAAGUAGUCUACAUGUAAACCGCCGAGCACCAGCCUCCUCGACAGGCGUGCCCACGGUGCGGGCCACUUCCCCAGGAGCGGAAUUCCGCGAAGCGCAGCGCAUUGCAGCUGCACGCAAAGACGCCGAGGAAAAGCACCAGCGCGCCGUCUACUCUGGACCUUCCCCAUUCUCAGAGCCGCAUCCCAGCUCUGCGAAGGCUUCUGAUGUCGUCCCCCAACCUGCAACGGGGCUUAGCACCCCGGGAUCAGUAGAAUCAUCCGCUGGCCAUGCACAGGCCCUGCGUCGGUUCCAGAUCUCGCGCGCGAAUCUGGCUUCCAUGAGCGGUCCUGGUGGUGGCGUUCAGAAGCGCCGGGCUGGCGGACCUGCGCCUGGUGUUGCCGUGCUGGUCGAGCAGCUGCAGCAAAACCCGCAUUCACGCAAGGCGUCCAUGGUCUCGGAUCUAGUUGCGGAGGCGCGGUCUCUCUCCAUCAAGCCCAAGGAAGUUGUCCAUGACGCUACACCCCCGUCACCGGUGAAACUGCGUAAACGACCCAUUGUCAACCAGGCUGAGAAACGGUGGCGGGAGGAGCGCAAGGGCGCCAUCUCGGCUGCGAAGCAGAAUAUCUCUGAUACUUUGGAGAAGUCCGCUCGCACACAGCAACCCGGUUGGGAUGACGGGUCCGAACGUCUCGCCCGUGAAUUUGAGCAGAUCGCGCUGGAGCUUGAGCGAGAUCAAGACCGGGAUCAGGAUAUGGGCGUCGAUGCUCCCCCUCCUGCACCUGUCUCAUUGCAGCAUGCUUUCAGCUCGGCUCCGAAACCUCCGUUGAAACACCAGCCGCGCCAGCCAAAGCAACCCAGAGUUGCGCCAGUACCACCGCAGCCUUCGGCGAAGGAUGAACAGGCUGUGGAAGAAGAUGACGAGGACGACUAUGUCUACGAUGUUUACGUUAGGCGUCCGCUCUCAGAGGCUGGGAUGCUGAAGAACCCUCUUGCCGAAUUUGAGUCCGAUCAGCAGCAGAAGGAUAUCGCCAAGGCUCAACCUGGAGUUGGUGUCAUUGUUAUCACGGCUGAGGAUGAGGAGUACUGGGAGCACUUUGUUGAGGAUGACGAGGAGGAGUGGGAUAGUGAGGAUGCGGACUCUAAUGCCGAAAACAACCCUGCCAAUGACUACCCAGAUGAAGAAGACUCGUCGGAUGACGAUGAUGACUUCGACUUUGACGACUCGGCGAGUGAGGAUGGCGGGAUUGGGUAUAUGUCACGCUAUCGUGGGAACGUGGACUCUGAUGAGGAGUACUGA